CCAUCAUCCGACAAAAUACACUUUUCCAGCUUCGCUAAUCACCGCCAUUCCGCCAUACCCCGCCUUCCACAGAGACGACUACUGCAUUACAAAAUCUAUAUAAAUUUCUUAGAUAUUAAUUGUUGUAUCUUUUAGAGACAUGGGUAAUGCAGAUUAUGAGUGUCACAAGGUGGCAGUCCCGUCGCCAAAACCAUUUCUGCAAUCGCUGAAAUCCGGUGUGAAGGAGACGUUCUUCCCCGACGAUCCUUUUCGUCAGUUUAAGAACCAGCCUCCGUUGAAGAAGGUCCUAUUGGGGAUUCAGUACCUUGUUCCCAUCCUCGAGUGGGCUCCACGCUACACUCUCCAGUUCUUCAAAGCCGAUCUCAUCGCCGGUAUCACCAUUGCCAGUCUCGCCGUCCCUCAAGGCAUAAGCUACGCCAGUUUGGCAAAUUUGCCACCAACCAUCGGACUUUAUUCAAGCUUUGUUCCACCGCUUUUAUAUGCCAUGUUGGGGAGCUCGAGAGAUUUGGCAGUGGGUACUCUUGCGGUGGUGUCUCUUCUAAUGGCCUCGAUGUUGAGCAAAGCGGUAAAUCCUACUGAAAACCCCAAGGCCUAUCUUCAGUUAGCUCUUACUGCCACUUUCUUUGCUGGAGUUUUCCAAGCUUCCUUAGGCAUCUUCAGACUUGGGUUUAUCGUGGACUUUCUGUCACAUGCAACCAUAGUGGGUUUCAUGGGUGGAGCAGCCACAAUUGUUUGCCUGCAGCAGCUAAAAGGGAUCCUUGGUUUGGUUCAUUUUACUCACGAGACCGAUCUUGUAUCCGUCAUGCGCUCCGUUUUAAGCCAAACACACAAGUGGAGAUGGGAGAGUGCUGUCCUGGGCUUCUGUUUCCUUUGCUUCCUCUUGCUUACAAGAUACUUUAGCAAAAAAAAGGCGGCCUUAUUUUGGAUAAAUGCGAUGGCCCCGUUGACAUCGGUCAUUCUGGGCAGCGUUCUUGCAUACUUCACCCAUGCCGAGAAACACGGCGUUCAAGUGAUUGGGCACCUCAAGCAAGGACUGAAUCCACCUUCUGUAUCAGAGUUGGCUUUUGGGUCACCACAUCUGUUGACAGCUAUCAAAACUGGAAUCAUAAUCGGCAUAAUUAGCCUUGCUGAAGGAAUUGCAGUUGGGAGAAGCUUUGCCAUGUUCAAGAACUACCAUAUUGAUGGCAACAAAGAGAUGAUAGCUUUUGGGAUGAUGAACAUCGCCGGCUCUUGUACUUCCUGUUAUUUGACAGGCGGGCCAUUUUCGAGGUCUGCAGUGAAUUUCAAUGCAGGAUGCAAGAGUGCAGUGUCCAACAUUGUCAUGGCAACGGCAGUGAUGUUCACUCUGCUGUUCCUCACACCACUGUUUCAUUACACUCCCCUUGUGGUGCUUUCUUCCAUAAUUAUAGCUGCCAUGCUCGGUUUGAUAGACUACGCAGCUGCUAUUCACCUCUGGAAGCUCGACAAGUUCGACUUCAUAGUUUGCAUGGGUGCUUACCUAGGUGUUGUCCUUGGCAGCAUUGAGAUUGGCUUAAUCAUUGCAGUCACUGUUUCCUCACUUAGGGUUCUUCUGUCUGUGGCUAGACCUAGGACGUUUGCUCUAGGCAUCAUUCCAAACUCUGGAAUCUAUAGAAGUAUCGAUCAAUACCCGAAUGCAAGCAGUGUUCCUGGGGUUCUCAUUCUUCAGAUUGAUGCACCCAUCUACUUUGCCAAUGCAAACUACUUAAGAGAAAGGAUCUCAAGAUGGAUCUAUGAGGAAGAAGACAGGUUGAAAUCUUCAGGAGAAGCAAGCUUACACUACGUCAUAUUAGAUAUGAGUGCUAUUGGUGGCAUUGAUACAAGCGGGCUAAGCAUGCUCGAAGAGGUCAAGAAAACCAUUGAUAGAAAAGGUCUAAAGCUUCUACUGGCAAACCCACGAAGUGAGGUGAUUAAGAAGAUGGACAAAUCCAAGUUCAUUGAGACAAUUGGUCAGGAAUGGAUCUAUCUGACUGUAGGAGAAGCUGUAGCAGCAUGCAACUUUAUGCUACACAUAUGCAAAUCAAAUCCAAAUGCAGUUGAAUAUGGUACACAAGAUAAUGUCUGAUAUAUGGUCUAUCAAAUCAAUGGAGCGACUAAUACAUAAUGAGGAUGACUUUGAGUGCGGUAACUAUCCAUGAUAAUAGAACUUGCUCUGAUAUGAUCAAAGAGGAAGAGUGAAUAUUUUUUGGAUACGUAGAAGUAUGAAUUUCUGUAAUAUUAUAGAAGAAAAUAUGAUAUUGCGU